AUGGCUCUGCUUUGGAGGAGCUUGAUUUCUCUUGGAAGUUUUGACCUCGCCAUGAGCACAUCAUGCUUUGAUGAUGCCAUUCCUGUGGCCGAUCGCAUAAAUGUCACAAUGGAUGGCUUGAGCAUGCCGAUUGGCCUUUGGGAUCUCUAUUGGGACUCAGCCCUAAUUUACACUCGUCUCUUUCAGAUCUUGGCUUCAGAGAAGUUAGGCUACAACGUAGAAGUAUUGGGUGGAUCCAGCAACAGCAACUCGGUGGUCCAUCGUCUCGGUGGGUGCAACUCAUCAGACGCCGGAGACAGAGUUCAAGCUGAAUGCAUCUCCGAACCGCGAUACUACCACUUCUCCUUCGAAAGUUGGGGAAACUACCAGAACUACAUCCCAACUCUGCUUAAGGAGCUCGGGGACCGAGCACCUGUGAACAUUGGAAGCGUGGGAUAUCCAGGCAAGGAGGGGCUCCAUGUCCUGGGCGGCGCCAUUGACCGUGCACUGUCACAAAGCGGGCUAUCUUUGCUGUACUAUCGCAACUAUGACGCAAGUUGGUUCCAGGUGAAUAACUACACGGCGCAUGUGUCAGAUGUGAAUCUGUCCAGGGUAGCAAGCUGCGAUGAUAGCGUGAAUGCUGCGUACGGCUUUUUUGCAGCAGAUUACCUAGCGUCUACAGGAGACACGGAAGGUGUCUACAUCAGUGAUGCUGGUGAAGUGAGGUUCAAGUGUUGGGAGGGCAAGUGGUUUGUUGGACCAGCUUGUCGCCGUUCGCCCCAACACUGCGCGACACUCACCACCGGCUGGCCAGGCUGGGGCAUGGGACAUUUGUGUCAAGCUGUGACGUUCCACAACAUGCCCAUUGCUUUGGGGGUAGUGGCAGAAUAUGUACAGCUGGGCAAAGAACUGCAAAGUUUCGUCUACUGGUGGCAGCCUGAUGUGAGCUUUGUCCAAGACAACGCAACUACGGUGAUUCUACCCCCGUACAACCCACACGAGUACAACAAAGGGAUCUUCAGAUCUGCAAUGCAAGAGUACGUUCUUACAAAAUGGUCAGCAUCAGGCCUUCCUGUUACAGCAGACCGUGCCGUGGUAUUGGCAACCGCCAUGUCACUGAGACAUGAGGAGAUUACUGACCUCUUGAAAGUUCAUGCGCAGCUGAUGUUAGAUUCACCUACCAGCAGCCAUUGGGACAGCGCAUGUGCCUGGCUCAAAACAAAUGCAACGGCGGAAAUCUGGCAAAGUUGGGUCCCAAGUGACACGGCUUGCACCAGGGGUCGGGGUCUGGUGGAUGAGGAAGGCAACUACGUCAUGGAACGCGAGCAGGCUGUUGCAUGCGCUCUGUGCCCUGUGGGAACUCGCUCGCAGGAAUCCGGAGAGACGAGAAUCUGCGAAGCCUGCCCAAGGGGAAGAUAUCAAGGCUUUCCCGGAGAAGCCUUCUGUGAACCAUGCCAGGCUGGCACAACUGCUCCUGAGGCGGGGAUGAGAGAAUGCCAACCAUGCGGUCUGGGCGAGUGGGCCAGCGAGAAAGGAAUGAGCAGCUGCAAUCGGUGCGGCGCCGAUGUCACCAGUAGCCCACAGCAGCUUCAGCUGUUUACCACCUCUCGGAAAGUGUCUUCAGGUGAAUCCGGUGAGAUAUGGAUCCCUGUGGAAGGGGCUUCCUCUCAAGAGCUAUGCGGCUGCCAGCCGGGAGCGCACUUCGUAUCCGGACUUUGCCGGCACUGCCCUGAAGGAUCUGUUUGCAUUGGCUCGACCCUCACCCUUCAACCAGGCUACUAUUCGCCUGCAGACGAUGCAGGUUCUGUCUUUCAGUGCAAAAAGAAGGAGUAUUGCCCAGGUGGUGCGCCAGGAACCUGCGCUGAGGGGAGAGAUGUCUCAAGCGUGGCUUGCAGCGCUUGCUUACCUGGAUUGCAUGCGCAAGGAGGUGCAUGUAUUGCGUGCGUAGGUGGCGACUACGCGUUCGUGAGCUUCUUGCUCGUGGUGAUAUUGCUGUUAACAACGACAGCCUACUUUGCGUUUACGUCGAGUGACAAGAGACUUGCCUCAGCGAUACCCUCACAGAGUUCCAUUUUGAUUUCCUGCAGCAUGGGACAGUUGGCGGUAUCGCUUCAAGUGAUUUCGUUAAUCCACAAAUUCGGGUUGGAUUGGAGUGAGCCGGUAGCUUCCUUAAUCGCGGCGACCGAAGUGAUGGUCCUCGAGCUCAACGUCUUAUCAAUCGACUGCGUAACCCCGAAGAAUCCUGUCACGCUCUUUGCAUUUCAUGCGGCGGUGCUGCCGAUCCUGCUGGCCACUCUUUGUUUGAUCCACUUGGUUGUGGUUAUUGUCCGACGUGGCAAAGGCUUUCAACUUCAUCGAUUGGGUCAAAUCUUGGGUACAUCGUGCAUCGUCUUCUUUAUCUCAUUUUCCUCAUCUUUGCUAACACCGUUGAUAUGCCAGUCUCAUCCUAAUGAGCUGACGACUGUUCGAGCCUAUCCAUCCGUCUUCUGCGGCGAUUCCCGGCAUCUCUCCAUGGUCCUCAUGAGUACUUCCGCAUUUCUGCUACCUGCCGGCUUCCUUGCUUCCAGCAUGUGGUUGGCACUACAGGUCCCAAGCAGGAUUCAAAGAUCAGACUUGCGAUUCAUGCGGUCUUGUUCAUUUCUUUUCGGCCGCUUUCGACCCGGAGCUGAGCUCUUUGCUGUAUGGCUUCUACUUCGAAAUGCCUUGCUGGUAAUGUUGCCUUUGGCACCCAAGAGCGUGAGUACGUUCGUGAUGACAGUCACAUUGUCAUUUAGUGCGAUCUUGUCUUCAGCCUGGCAGCCGUGGCACAUGAUCGCCUGCAACUGGCUGGACGUUUGCCUCACAACUUCGAUGCUCUUCAUUUCUAGUUUGGGAUUACAUGUUUCAGGUGAGGUCAACGAACAGUUGACAAUUGGUGCAUGCCUGGUGCUCCUGAUCCUCAUGUUCACGUCAAUCCUCGCCCUAAUCGUCUACGGCAUUGGCAAGUAUUGCAAUCGAAGCAAGAAGAGAUAUCACUUCUUCAUUUCGCAUCAUAAAAGCAAAGCCGGAAGUAUGGCGCGGUGGUUGAAGAUGUUGAUCUUGAAGCGUGGCCAACGGUUUGCGACUUUCGUGGAUUGCGAUAACUUGAGCGAUUUGACGAAACUCUUUUGGCAUCUGAGCCACGAGACCAACACCUCCAUCUUCCUUCUCUCGCCGGACUUCUUGAAAAGAAAAUGGUGCUUGGGGGAGAUUGCCACAGCGAGGCUGCAUGGUGUGCAUUCUGUCGUGAUUGCUUGGCCAGACUACGUGGAGCCAGAUGAGGCGUUCAUUGAGCACUAUGCAACGUUGGUGCCGGACAUUGUGCAUCUCGUGCCUCACAAUAUCAGCUUAAGAGAAGUUCAAGAAUCUUUGCGGUGGAUCCAUGGCCUACAGUCUUUCCAGCUCCCAAAAUCUUUGACCUCAGAGUCCAUGGCGCAUGUGGUGGACAAGCUGACUGGGACCGCGCUACACGUGAUUCGCCCUGCAGAUGAUCUCGAGAGGACCGAGAGCUGCUGCAUUGUGGCUGAUCCUCGCAACUCGGAGGCCAUAGCGGCAGCCUACAUCAUCGGCGACUUGAUCAGCCUCCCUUUCAUGACGCUCACCUGCCAGACGUUGAUCAUGACAACGAGCGAUACCAUCCCGAACAAAGCAGCCUAUGCGGUGGUGGUGUGCACCGAAGGCUGCCUCGAGUCAGCGGACUGGGCAUCCUGGCUUGUCCAACUCAGCCACAAGACCUGCCGUGCAUUGCCGGUGUUUGCCGAUGAGGAUUUUCAACUCCCAGGUGCUGAUCUCUACCGCCAGCUGAACGGCUACCCUCAUCUUACCGAUACCAUGGCAGCAGCUUUGACCAUGACCAUCAGGGCUCUCUUCGAAGAAAUUGGAAUAAUGUGUUUGGUGCAGCUGGCAUCACAGGAGGAGUUGGAUCUUCGUGCUCGACAAAUCGUUACAAGAUUCACCAAGUCGCCACCGCCUCCGCUGCCCUUCAAGUUGGAGAACAGGAAGCCACCGGCCCACUUCACCUCACAAGAGGUGGCUCGGGUGACUCGACCUGAAGACUCUCGGAACGAAGACGAUCAGGACAAGGAGAGCGAUGAUGAAAUGGUCGUCUGGGUAUUUUAA